GGUUUCUCCUUCCUCCUUCCUCCUCGCCCAAAUUGACGAAAUCGACGACGCGCCUGCCCAAAUCCGCCUCGCCGCAGUUCAAAUCGGUGCUCUCGGGAGUGGUUAGGCGUCGCGGGGUGGUCGGCGCUUCGAGUUGCUCUCCCGCGCGGCUCGUCGGCCGUUGGGGGAGCUGCUCUCGCAAGCGAGAUCGGCGGGCCGCGUAGAGCGGUAGUUACGACGAAGGAGACGAAGCGAGACGGGAGUUGUUCUGUGCGGGCGGUGGCGAAGGAAGGAGGCGGUUCAUCGACGUGAAGGCAAACAUGGCUGGUCCAUCAAGCAAAAAGCGUGAUCAACUGGAGUCAACAUCGUCGCAGCACGAUAGGGUCCCAUCUCCUGCAUCUGAAGUCCGAGUGGAGAAGAGCAAGCUAUUAACCGAACAAUUGUUUACGAGCGGAAGCGGCAAAAGCGUGUAGUAAACCGAGGGAAGCGGCCUCCUAGCACCAGCAGUAAUGAGGAUGCUCCAUUCGAAGGUGUGAAUGAGGGGGAUGUUUCUCGAGAGCAACAACCAAAGAAGAAGCGUCGUAAAGUUGCUGACACUGAGGGUCCCAGGAACAGGUCAUCACCUGCAAGGCUUUUCAAGUUAAACAAGGACCUUGUUGAUGACCAAAAGAUUGUUAUCAGAGACAUAGAGUUUGGUGGCUUGUUGGAUAUAAAAGCCACUAGCAUGCCAGGGGAUCUCAGUCAGUGGAUCAUGAAACACUAUGACCCAGAGAUGUCUCAAAUAGUUAUACCUGACAGGGGCAAGAUCUCAGUUGAUGCAGAAAGUGUUCACAGGAUAUGGGGCUUGCCAAACAAAGGGAGGAAAGUCUGCUUCGAAAUGAAUCCCGAUGUCAUAAGGGAAUUCAACAGCAUCUACAAUAUUGAGGGAAAAAACUCUCCUACGCUGACAUCGUGGUGCAAAAUGAUUGAAAAUAUGAACAGGGCUGCUGAUGAUGAUUUUCUCCGUGCUUGGCUGGCAGUUGCCUUUUCUUGUUUCCUUGCUCCAACAACAAGCUUGAGCAUUUUGCCAAGGUGUUUCCCCGCUAUCUUGAACACAAAUGUCAUCAAAGACUCGAAGAUAUGCGACUUUGUUGUUGAUCAACUAAGGCUAGCAUUCAUGGGGUUUGGGGAGAAGAAAAAAGCGGUUUGCUGCUAUGUCUUCCACCUAGUAAUACUAUACCUUGAUUCAUUGGAGGUAGAUGAGCCAAUUCCUAGCACGCUGCCCAGGGCGGCCAUUUGGAAUGAUGAUCUCAUAACCAAAGUCAUGAAGAAAGACAAGAAAGGGCCAGGCGUGUAUGGAAAGUUGCGUCUCAAGACAGAAUUUUCCCGAUGCGCAAAAGACAGCUUGUUUGGCAGCAUGGAUCACAUCACAAAAUUUGUUGCAGCCAUGCUCCCACAAAGCUACAACAAAACUAAACAAAAGAGGCUGACAGAGAUGGUUCAUGAGAUGUGCACUGAAAUGUCACAUGCUGUUGGGAAGCUGGUAGUUGGAGUAGGCAAGCUUGAUGACGGCGAAGCAACGACAAGCAUAGAUGCACGCUGUACAAUGUGGGCAACGUCUCAAAGGGGCAGUAAGAAGGGGAAAUCCAUCCCAAAAGUGAUUGAGCACAGCUCUACCGAGGAUGAAGAGUCAUACGAGUCUGAUAGCGAGAGUGAUGAGGACGAACCGGCUGAAGACAGCGAAACCGAAUCGGACAAUGAUGACUCAGGUCGCAGCGAACAUGAUGAGGACCCACAAACAGGAAAUACUAACACCAAUACAGUUGAAGAAGAUGAUGAUCUGGAGGAGGACCAGGGAGCGGGUGAUAAAAAACAUGCUGAUGACGAUCAGGGGAAGGGGGACGGUGAGACCAGCUCAGAUGGAGGUAAUGGAAGCCACCCCACUGAAGAGGUGCACAGUGAGGAGGGAUCUGAAAAGGCUGGAACGGAGAAGGAUGAUCAAGAACAACCGAAUGAAGAUGAUGAUCGGGACGAUCGGGACAAGGACAAUGACCAAACAAGUGAAAAGAGAGGGGGUAAUAGGAAAGGGAAUGACGAAGACGAUGAGGACAGGGGUGGAGGUCACAACACCGGAGCAGGUACCCCGGGCGGUAAUUCUGCAGAAGAUGAGCCGGCAGCAAGUUCAGGUAGCACCAACGAAGGCGAUUGCUCUACAGACUUCUUCAGUCAAGAGCAUGGCAGCAAAGCAAAAGGGGCAGAUGACCCAAAAAGUAUAUCUCUUAUAGACAUUGUUAUGAUGGAGUUCAACAAGCAAUGGAAACCGCUAGAAGGCGAGAAGCUUGAUCUGCCGAAAGUUUAUGACGGACGAACACCUGCUUCAUAUAGCAACAUGAUAUUCCAAAGCAUUCUGGAGGACGAGAACAUGCAAAUGGCAUGCACUUUCAACAUGGAAGAGUUAUGCCCACUACACACACAGGAGGAGCUUAUGGAAGAAAUUUGUGGAUUCCACGCCCCGAUAGCAAAAAGAAAAGAAGAACCAAAAAGGCAUAUGCCCCCACUACCACCAAGGAAGAAAAAGAGGGUAUCAUUCAACUUGGCGCCAAUUGAAGCUGGAGCAUUCGAGCCAAGACAUGAAACUAGGCAGCUUGUUUCAUCACUCAAGCAUAAACAACAAACUGAAAAAGUUAACCGAGUCAAGCUGAAAGAUGGAGCAAGUGAGGUGAAAGUUGGGGCAACUUGUAUGGGAGCUAAGGCAGUACGAAGAACAACUGAAGCACCAAUUGCUGACGCUCCAAUUUUUAGAGAAAAGGGAACAGUGCGGCCCUUAGGCACCACAUGUAAGCAAGGAUUAGCUAAUGAAAAGCUUAAGAAGGAACCGAAUGAUAAAACCAAGGGAGCAAGUGAGCUAAAAGAUGGAGCAAGUGAGCUGAAAGUUGGGGCAACUUGUAUGGGAGUUAACAAGCAAGCAAGUUUUUGUGCAAAGUUGCCCAAAGUUGAUCUCAAUUUGCCUGCAGCCUGUCCAAAAAACACAUGCCCACCAUUUACUGAUUUUAGAGAAGCAAGCUCACAUGCAACCUUUGUACAGAAUGAUCCCAAGCCCCCUGGCAAGCUGAGGCACAAUGACAGCAAGCUGGCUGCAACAUUGCCAAAUUUCACGAGUCAGACAAAUAAUGCAGUGAGGCAGGCAAGUCCACUUGAAAACUUGCCAUAGACUGAUGCCAAGCUACAUGUACCAGUACUACCUUUUCUUAGACAACCAUUCACUACAAUUAGUCAAGGGAGCUGCCCUGAGAUGAUCACCAAGGAUGCCAAGUUACAUGUAACAAGCCCCCAACUUGAUAGACAGCCUACAACUCAUCUCAAACCAUCCAAGUCAGUCGCAAAUUUGCUCAAGACUAAUCUCAUGCUACCUACAGGGAGCUAGCAAGUUGUUGGGAAUCCAAACACCGACAUGAAACAACCAGUUCCAGUACCAGAGUCGCCCAAGGUUGAUACCAAGGUGCCUGCGAUGAGCUCCAAAUUCAUCAGACCUCCUACAAAGGAUGCAAAUAAGGAAAACUGUCCACUGGAGACACACCAGGAGCACUCCAAUGACACACUAAACAUAGAUGAGAUAUUAGCAAGAUGUGUUGUUCCAACCAAUAAAGAAAUCAACCUUCCAGCAGCAAACACAUGUGAAGAGCCAGUUGAUGACCCCCCCCCCCAAGCAAAAGUUGAAAGGGAUAUGGGACGAAUACUGUCCAGCACCCAACUUUGGGAUUAUCUUAGAUGAUCUUAUUCCAAGUCAUAAAGAAGCAACCAAUACUAGCAGUCAAUCUGCAUGGACAAUGAGUUCGGAACAACAAAUCCGCAACGAAGAUGAUGUGAAUACGAGUUUGAAACAACCAUUUCUUGAUGAAGAUUAUGUGAAUGAAGUUAUUAAUAUAGAAGAUGAUGAUUGGGAUGCUAUAGAAGAAGCAUGUGCAGCAGCAGAGCGAAGGCGAAAAGAAUCAAUUGGUGGGCAAGACGUCAGUAGCUUGUCACCAAAUAACUUGCACACACCUAUUAAAGACACCCAAGGUAUGACUGAAACAUAUUUAUGUUCGGGCAGCAAGUAUUACAGUAGUAGUAGUAGUUCAGGCGAGCCAGUCACAUUUCAACAUGAGAGGAGGCUCAUCAAGCUGCCUCCAUGCCUGAGAUCACCAUUCAUGAUUCCUGGGAACAAGAAAGAGUUCCAUUGCAAACCUGAAGCAAACCGUUUAUACGCUUCAAUGAUUUUGCAUGCAAGGAUCAGUGCAGAUGAAUCAAAAGAUACAGACAUCAGACUCAAUGAAGGUUGAGGGUGUCGUUCUUUCGCACGUGUUCGAAGUUGGCAUCGAGUCAAUAAUGCUGAAUUUGCCCGCGGACUCAAAGAAGGUCGUCAUGCCUCUUUGAUUCUCGAUCAGGUUACAAUAGAUGGAAUGGAACACAUAAGAAAUGAAUGGCAGAUUCAACAAGUCUAACCAUUUGGACCGAAAAGACAUGAUUAUGUUUCCUAUAUUGGAGAACCUUAAUCCAGCAAAGAAGAAAACUUCGAACCAUUAUUGGGCCUUUAAUCUGAAUAUAAAAGACCGAAGAUUUGAGGUGCUUGACUCCUGGAGGACGCUCGAUGAUGUAGAUUUGGACACUAAUGCAAGGAAAAUAGCAGCAACUAUCCGUACCAUGUGGGACCACCACUACCACAAGUCCCACAUUGUGCUGGAUGACUUCAGUCUUGUAAACAUCGACGUUCCCAAGCAAAAUAAUGACGUUGAUUGCGGGAUCUACGGGCUGACCAAUACAAGCAAAUGGGAUGCAAGGGUUGUACCCAAGUAUGAACCAGAUGACAUACCGAACAUUCGGAAGCAACUCACCAACACAUGGGUUUCAAGUGUCCACAACAAAGCUCUAUGGAAGGAUAUUCUGAAGUUGCCAUAGGAAUUGAGAAGAAGUAAAGACAUGUUUUUCUGAAUUCUUCACUCCGUGCUCAAGCUACAGCUGCAAAAAAGAAUCUCCAGGCCAAUGUGGAUUUUAUCAAGGAGUAGAUGAACUGUGGAUUUUUU